AUGUCCUUCAGGAAAGUACAUUUUUGCUGGUUAACAUGUGUAAUCCCUGAUCUUUCUCCCUGUCUGCCUUGUAGCCAGCUGAGGGAGGAGGUGAGGCAGGCCAAGUGUUUGAUUACUCAGCGCUCAGACCUCCAGGCUCAGCUGGAGGAGGCUGAAGGACGGGCACUGCAUCUGGAAGGGCAGCUUGUGGAGCGGGGAGCGGAGUGCAGGGAGCUGGCCUCUCUGCGCAGGGAGCUGGAAAACCUGCGGGGUCUGAGCCAGAGCCAGGAGCAGAGGGUGGCCCAGAGCCACAGAGAUGCUCAGCAGUGCCAAGUGGAGCUAGCCAGCCUGGAAGCCAUACUGGCCCUACUGCAUCUACGAGAGGGUACUGUGGGGCCACUUUGUGCCAGGCCCUGCACACUGCCCCCAGUGGACUACUCUGGGACUGCGCACCUACUCAAGCUAAAGCCUGGUGAAGGAUACCAGCAGCUGCUGCGAGUGCUGCAGUCUGCAGAGGCUGAGCGAGCUAAACAGAACAGCUUGGUCGAGCGCCUUCAGGAGCGUCUGAGCAGAGCCCAGGAGGAGAUCUCUUCGCUGCAGAGCUCCAUGGCCCAGAGAGCUUCCCACUACCAGAGCCUCCACAUGGAGCUGCUGGACAAAGUCAGCCAAGCCACUAACACAGAGAAAGAGGGAGCUUCUUUCUUUUUUACCACGUACAUUGUGUGCCACCUGACCUCCGACCCCGGGUUGCUCCUCCAGCGGUCCAGUUGUUACCACGGCCCCAGCUGCCCGAGACCCACAAUACGGCUCGGCCGUAACAGGUGCACCGAGUUUUACUUCUGUCUCAUGGGGGAACAAAUGUCCAUGGUAGCUGUUGCCUUCACAGCUCUUGAGUGGCAGGUCAAGGCAGGUCAGUAG